AUGGCCCGUACUAGGCGCCGCCCUGUCUCUUCCGACACUCGUCUUCGCCCGUUCAUCAGAACACCAUAUGCAUUCACAAUCGCGGGCCACAUCUUCAGCAUCCCGAAGGACCCGCUCGAGGCGUUCCAUUUCCUGCGUUCUCAGAUAAUCGCAUCCUACGUUGCUAUCUUUGAGGGGACGGCGGGGGCAAGGGAUAUGGUGUUCAUCCUAGUCUCUCCAACCGGUCCACCGGCACCUCCUGCCCCGACUGGAGCACAGAGAAUCUUCACCAUCGACGGACACAUCUUCAACAUCGCAACUGACCCGAUGGAAGCCUUCCUGGCUACCCGUAAGAUGACACUUGCAGCAUAUCAUAGGGUCGCAUCUGUUGCGGCGGGAGGGUCUCGCCCAGCGGGGCCUGCUGGACAGAGGGAUAUGGCGUUUCUCUCUGGGACUGCAGCGCUGGGUGUAGAAGAAGACGCCCAUCUGGUGGAGGAAUGUAAACUACCAGAGGAGCAGGAAUCUCCUCCUCCUGUGCGCAACACUGAAUCCCCUCCUCCUACGGGCAACAGUGGCACUGAGGUGGAUGAGGUGGAUGACGAGGAUGAUGAGGACUACAGGCCCAGUUCUGGUGCUCGACGCCGUUCAGCGCCAUCUACCACAGCUCCCAGGGUCACUACCUCUGGAACCCGCCGUUAUUCAGUACACCACACUGUACCAGCGGCGACCACUGACUCGCCUCCCACUGCCACCACCUCUACCACCACCCCUCCCCCCCACGCCCACGCCCACGUCUACCCGCCAAAUACCUUUCUUGGGGACUUUACUGACCUCGCCCACGCGCGCCGGGAGUUAGGUAAAAGAGUUGAUUGGCACAAGGGGAAGUACGUUGACGGGCUUAUAUCGCUUGGCGGGAAGUUUGCGGUGACAAAGGAGGAGGUGGGGAAGAGCAGGUCCCAGGAGUGCAGAAACUCUAAAAAAGAUGUGUGUAGGGUGCUCGUUGGGAACGAUCCGUGGUUUAGUAGCGCUAGGUGCGGGCUCUGCUUGCACAGAUUUGUUGGAUGCCAUAAGCCCGAGUAG